CUCUCAGACAGUAGAACCAAUGCAAUUAUCGUCAAAAAUACAAACCACUCUAGAUAGUUACUCAUUUUAUGAGGAUAUUAUUGCAAGUGAAAAUUCUAGCCCGGAAGAAUCCAAUGAUGAUGAUAUUCAUGAAUAUGAAACAUCAGCAGAUGUAACUUCACGCUCUACUGUACCUCGCUCUUCCUAA